AUGGAGUUCAACUCUACCGCCAGCCUCGACAUGCCGAGUGCUGCAUUGAGCCUGGUGCAUCCCAUCAGCCCUCGUAGCAUGCAAUUCCUGCAUCGCGGUCAGACCGAAGCGCAGGUCAUCGACAUCCUUUUCAAGGUCAUCUACGUACCCGAGACGACUGGACAUCGCGUGUGGCUGCUCAUCAGUCAGUUCGAGUGCCUCUUGGCUAUUGGCAUCAGUUUCAUCCUGCUCAUCAGGAAGAAAGCGUUCGGCAACCUUUGGCUCUUGAACAGGAGGGACUCGCCUUUUGGCUCGUUCUACGUGACCAACGCAGUUUUCUGUUUGGUGCUCGGCGUGGCGGGGUAUCUGUUCGCGUGGGUUGUGACGGCCAUCGUGAUCGCUACAUUUUCGUUUGUCAAGAUCCCCUCGUAUGCGUGGUGGUGGACCAUUCCACUGCCGUUUGCACCUCUCAUUCUUGGUGCCGAGCUGGGACUGCACGGCUUCAUCUUGGGUUGCAGCCCUAGAUCGCCGUUGUCUCCGUUUAGCGCUGCGCACCGCAACAAGUGGAAUUAUCUUCCGGUGAUCAAGAAUGCCUUGAUCGCUAACGCGGCGCUCUUUGUAACACCGGUCGUCUUUGUUGUCACCACAUGCGUCCUCUCUGGCUUUGCCGGUCAUGCCUAUUUUCACGCCAAACAUCUGGCUAGAGAAAUCCUCCCUGCCGACAUUGUCAGCGCCAUCGUGGCAGCGAGUCAUCAUCGUCUCGACGACCCAGCUUUUAGAGCAACCCAGGCCUCGGAUCAACUCAUCUGGGCCUCGCGUCGAGUAGCAGCCGCUUACUUUGAAUCGCAUCGAUACGUCUGCAUCAAUCUGAUCGUAUCCACCAUCGCCGCGUUCGGCAUCUGGGUGCCUUGCUGCAUCUACGGCCUCCCCAACAGCUCCAGUCUGGUCAACUACGCAUGCUCCCGCUGUCCGACUCGACCUCCUUCUUCGUACGGCUACUUCCGCAAAUCCUGGUGGUUGGUCACCAAGGGUCGGCCCACCGAAGAGACCAACAACAGCACCAACGAUCUCACCUUGAACAUUUGGAAGAUGACGCUGUUCGCUCAGGGCUACAUCUGGCUGAUCGCCGUUGCCGCUCCUGGAUUCGGUAUGGUGCCGAUCUACAUCGUCGCCAAUUCCUUUCCCAAGCAGGUCAAGCGUGGAAACAUCAGCUCAACGCUUCGUGACUCGAUCAUCAUCGUCAGCUGCAUCAUCUUCAUGACGUGCGUGUUUUACAUCUUCUUUUGCAGGAUCAUCUCUAUAGAGCCCCUCUUCCGGUCGGCUAUCGGCGUCAAUCUGAUUCGCAGUCAGGUUCCGAUCGAGAUCAAGCGUGUCGAGCGCGAGACAUACCGCGAUGGGGGCAGGAAAAAUGGCAAUGCUCCACCGUGCAUGAUCGUCGUUGAGGACGUCGAUUUGGAGGCGGAGGAUGAAGGGGAUGGGACGAAGAGGAAAUCGUAUCGUAGUUCUCUUGGGAGCUCUGCGUUGCGAGUGGAGAUCGAUAAGACUCGGAGGUGUGUUCGAGCAAAAACGGUUCUCCAACGGUAG